AUGGGAAAAUUCAAUGGUCAUUUUUACCCAGGGCUGUAUCUUUUCUCUUAUGGACUAUAUCAGACAAUAGUGGUCUCCAAGGCCAUGAUAUUCAAUGACUCUCUCCUGUAUCCUUCACACCCUCCCAGGAGUAAGGGGAGAUGGGCCAUGCUGUGGACAAUAUCCUACGGUGGUUUGUUGAAGAUGGUGACUGGCUCCAUCUUAACAGCUUAUGUGGUCAUCUGUCUUGAUGAUGGGAUGGUGUUGAUGAGCAAGCAGGUGCCACCAAGGUUUAUGUAUCCCAAGGAGUGGCAGCAUCUUACCAUGUUCAUCCUCCUCACCCUCAUUGGCUGUGUAGACGUCAUGAGCAAGAACUUGUUGCCUCAGAGAUGUGUGGUCUUAGAAAAAAGCACUAUGGUCCUGACUUUCUACGUUCUCCUGCUGCUGUUGGUGUCACACAGUCAGGCCUCUGUAGGGGUGGAACUACAGGUUCAUGCUCUGCUCAUCUUAGUAGUCUUCUUGCUGUUGCUGGUGUUGACCACAGAGCUGUGGGCUCCUGAUACGUCUUACCUCUGGCUGAUCGAGACUUUUCUGUUUCUGAUGAUGGGUUCCUGGCUGAUGCAGGCAGGCUUUAUUCUGUACAAACCAGUCACUGGAUACCCAUGGCAGGACGAUGACAUGAGUGACAUCAUAUUUGUUACAACCUUCUUCUGUUGGCAUGUGAUGAUCAAUGCCUCAUGCCAGCUGGGAAUCUAUGGCCUCUCAUCCUUUUGGUAUCAUUGGUUCAAUCCCAGCUUGAAGCUCACAGGGUCCAAAGAAGCUCCAUAUCAGACCAGCCAUCCAGGACUCCUCUACAAGUUGCUGCAGGAAGUGGAGCAGUCAGAGAAAGAUGACCAGGCUCUCCUCCUUGCAACAAGCUCACUCUAA